CUAGUAACAGAAUAGACCUGUGAAUGUGAAAAUGGAAUGUCUACACCGCCUUUUGAAAGUGUGCACAGUCCAGGUGGCUGGACAAGCUUGGUAUUGCUGCUACGAUGGGGCUGAAAGCAGUUCUCAGACAGGAUUUCUACGCUGGAAGCUAUGCACUGAUUGACACUGACACCUUUGAUCCAUUGCCUGACUACUGGUUAACUGUCCUGUAUAAGAGACUGGUCGGGGGUUCCGUGUUUUCAGUGGAGGCGAGCGUGAACAACAGCACCAUCAGAGCCUACGCCCACUGCACAAAGCCAUCCAUUUCCUAUGGCUACAUGCCCGGUAGUGUGACGAUGUACUUCCUGCUGCCCACGGAUAACACUACCUCUAUUACGUUUCCACAAUUUCCCGACCAACCUGUAGAUGUGUUCUGGCUGACGCCAGUUGAUGGACUCACAAGCAAAACCGUGGCCCUGAACAACAACCCGAUAAAGCUUGUCAAUAAUACGCUGCCAGAGCUGAAACCUUACAGGACGGAAGGAAACACUGUUACCUUCCCCGGGAAGUCAUUCGGGUUCCUCGUCUUCCCUGAGGCUGACGUGGCUGCCUGCAGUAGCCAGUGAGGAUGUUCACAGAAUGAUUCAGGAAAAUCUGUACAAUCUGCACUUGCUGUGAAAAUAAAUCUGAAUGUGUAUUCUG